GAUACAUACCGUACAUACGGUAUUUCCGCGCCAUCCGGAAGCUUCAAGCUGCAUACGAUGCGUGCGUACUGGCUCGCUCAUUGAUGAUUGGUAUAAUAUAAUCGGCGUCGAUAUUUCUGGCUCGAUGAUUACCUGGUGGGAUGGAUGAGGAGUGUGGGGUGUAGAGUGUGAACCUGGAUUCCCCCCCUCCCCCUACAGAAAAGGAUAGGAGGAUGCGGCGAUGCGGUGGUACAGCGGCGAUGCGGCGGCGGCGAGUGGCGACGAGAAAGCGAGUGAUACCGCAUGGCGCCGGAGUGCACAGGUAUCAAGGUAACCACGAGGCUCCAGCUGCAGGAAGCCGGGGCGAGGAGGUCCUGGUCCGAGUCUGGUACAGUCAAAUAUUCCUAUCCAGCGGAGCCUUGCCUUGCCUUGCUCUUGCAAUUUCGGGUGCGAAUGAUGGCGACGACGAAGAUGGUGAUGGAAUGUGGGCAGUGGGCUCGACAAUGGACAUUGACGUCCAUCAGCAUCUCACCCGCUGCCUGCAGCUUGCAGGCCCUGUGGACGAUUAUGAAGUAGGUACUACUGGCAGCUCUCGGGCUCCGGCGGAAUGUUGCCGCCAGCCAGCUUGCGGAGUCCUGGACACCUCAGGUCGGCUUGCGGGACGAUACCUGGAGUACAACAGGUACAUACUAGUGAGCUUGAUAGUGCGUUCCCCGCACUCUGCGAGUAUACCAACAGUUGAAGCAGCAUCAUCGGUCAUUUUAAGCGGCAUAAUCCCUCGAGCCCCGAUUUUGUCAGUCGUUUCGUGUGCCGUCGAGCAUGGAGAGUACCUUAGGUACCUACUUCAUGUUCCACAUUCAUGGGCGGGAGGGCGGCAUGCUCGACUCUCGAGAGCUCAACCCUAACCACCACCCAACGCAACAGCUAGAGCUGCAGCUGGAGCGUCUCCCUGCCUAACACAUCACCACCACCACCACCCCAUUCGA